AUGGCACUACAUAUCUACUUCUCGGAACUCAUGGCCACCAAAGGCAUGGAGCACGCUCAGUUGGUUCGAGAUGAUGCACGAAUCACUCAAAACCCAAAACUGACCAUGCCGAAGAGACGCAGUCGUACGAGGAGACACCCCACGUUUCGUCCCACCACCGCUCCUGGUGGCUGCUGCAUGGCAACGCCGUCAAGCUCACUGCCCAGCCGACCAUCACGGAAAGGCAGCAACGAUGAUCUUGUCUCAAUAGCAAGAUGUACCACCAAUAGUACUACUGCUGCUACUAAUAGUACACUCGAUCAGCAGCAUGAUGAUUCCAACAGGAGCAGUCUGGAACUCUUUUACUCAGAGGUUGCACCAAGAAGCCGCCGGAUAUCAAAGUAA